AUUGUUUAAGGUAAACGUUAUAGCAAAGGAGUGAGUUAUUCUUUGCCUUUUUACAUGUUUCGUUCAUCUUUGUAGAUUUCUUUUAGAUCUUGAGCUGGACAUUAUUUCUCAUGACACAAUGACUGGUCUAACUGGACUCAAAGCUAUCUCCACAUCAGACAACCGCCUCUGCUGUCUUCUCAGCAAUUCUGAAAACGUCACCUGUGCCAGAACCUCUCCACCCAGCCCUCUGGACACAUGCGGCAGCCUAUACCCGAGCGUUGUCCUGCGUAUUGCCGGCUGGAUCAUCGGUCUAUCAUCUCUCUGCGGCAACGUGAUCGUUUUUUUUCUGCGUGCCACUCAGAAACAACGCGCGACGGUUCAGAACAUCUUUACCAUGAAUCUAGCGGUUGCAGAUUCUCUAAUGGGUGUUUACAUGAUUAUCAUCACCUCUGCAGAUGGCUAUUUCAACAGACUUUAUUUCCUGAGUGCCCCGUUGUGGCGAGAGUCCUACCCCUGUAAAAUAUCCUCUUUUCUUGCAUUUUUCUCAAGCGAACUGUCUGUAUUCACACUGACCCUCAUCACACUGGAUAGAUACAUCAGCAUCGUUUAUCCGUUUGGACAAUACAAGAUAACGCCCAAAUCUGCCAGCGUCGCCUUAGCAUUCACAUGGAUCUUCACGUUCUUGUUUGGUUCGGUUCCAUUUAUUGUCGGAACUAACGUUUCCGGAUUCUACGGACUAUCUGAUGUCUGUGUCGGUUUACCGCUACAUGUAGAACUGGGAGAGACUGGUAGGCUGGAUAUCAUCUGGGACCAGGUACUGAGCUCUGAGUUCAUCGUUAAGUACGUGGCCACCGAUGGCGAAAAACGGAAUUUCUGGGUGUUCUCCAUCGUGACCUUUAUCGGUAUCAACAUGGCGCUUUUCCUGAUCAUCCUGGCCUGCUACGUCGUGAUGUUUGUGACCGUCAAGCGCUCGUCGGAGGCCAUCCAGAACUCGGCGAACAGGAAACGCGAGAUCCGAGUCGCCAGGAAGAUGGCGUUCAUCGUAGGGACCGACUUCGCCUGUUGGAUGCCCAUCAUAGCAAUGGGUAUCUUGACCCAAACUGGUCUGGUAGUCCUACCAACGUCACUUUAUGCCUGGAGUGUGAUUUUCAUCAUCCCCAUCAACUCCUCCAUUAAUCCUGUCCUCUAUACCUUCAUUAAUUAUCUCGAGGGUAUGAAAACUAAAGUAAAGGGAAAUAGUUCUCACCAAACUCUGUCUACUCGUUUAAGCAAAGAGGGAAGUAGGAAAAGGGCGAGUCGCUUGGGCUCAAACAGCUCAAAGAUAAGCGACAAGCAGGCGCCGAGUAAUAAAAAUCCCGAGAUUGCAAUGUACAUGGUAAAAGAUAAGGGAAUAGAGGAACUGCAAAAGCCCAAUAUUUGAUAAUGAUAUAUUAAACAAAGGAAAAAGAAAAAGCUAGACCAAUUACUCAAAGUGUACAAAGUAAACAUUUAGAGACAUACUUCACUUUCUGUGGGCAAGAUGAAACGUGAUAAAAUACUGGUCAUAUUUUCUGAGCAAAUAACUUGUCAUGAAGUGUUUCAAAAACUACUCUAAAGACGACGGAAUACAGAUUUUGAGAUUAAAGACUUGAAUUAACUCUUGAAACAGAUACUGACUUGUGGCUUAAAUUAUUUUUUUGGUAAUAUUUUGUAUUACCAUGGGUUUAAAAUGGAUUUUUGCUUUCUAACUCACAAACCAAACCUCUUAAACAGACUUGAAUGUGUUCGAACGCUAAUAGAAUGGAUAUCGAAAUUGAUGCAAUUAACAAGUUAGUUUCCUUCCAAUGUAUAGAGUUAAAGAUAAUUGUGAUUUUGGUUAGUUCCAAUAUUGAAGAUGACAACGGAUUUCAUUAUUCUAAUACAUGAGCAUAGGCGCCGGAAGUGGGGGGGG